AUGGAAGACAUCACUCCCGAGUACUUAAGACAUCUGCUUCUGUCAGCCAAAGAGGCGAACAUGAAUAUGAUGAGAGUGUGGGGGGGAGGGGUGUAUGAGUCCGACCUGUUCUACCAGUUGGCCGAUGAGUACGGGAUUAUGAUUUGGCAGGACUUCAUGUUUGCCUGUGCUUUAUAUCCGGCUAACAAAGAAUUCUUGGAUUCCGUACAAAAGGAAGUAAUAACACAAGUGAGACGCCUUCAACACCACCCAUCAAUUGCCAUUUGGGCCGGUAACAACGAGAAUGAGCAAGGUCUUGUCUAUUGGUGGAAGCCUCAUUUACCACAAUAUGAUAUCGAUUACCGCACUCUAUAUGUCAACACAAUCGGCAAAAUAUUGGACACCGAAGAUAGGACGCGUCCGUACGUGAGCUCCAGUCCCUCCAAUGGCUUGGAGUCCAUUAAGGAGAACUAUACCGCUCAGAAUCCCGGGGAUACACGUUAUGGUGACAUUCAUUACUACAACGAUGGGUCCCGACUGUGGGACUGGACUACAUUGCCGAGCCCCAAAUUUGCCUCAGAAUAUGGAUUCCAAUCAUACCCUUCAAUGGAUUCACUUUCUGAAGCCUUUUCUGCCAAAGAGCUGGUGUUCCCAUUGACGCCUACAGUACAGCAUCACCAGCACAAGUCGAAUGAGGAUCAGACUAUUGUUCAACAGAUUGAGUAUUAUCUGAGAGUCCCAUCGAAGGGAGGAAUCGAUAGAUUAAAUGAUUUCGUAUAUUCUUCGCAAAUAAUACACGCCAUGGCUAUGAAGACUGAGACAGAGUUUUAUCGUAGAAAUCGCGAAAUUGAUCCCAAGACUGGAAAUGGGUAUACAAUGGGAGCCCUGUAUUGGCAAUUGAAUGACAUAUGGCCGGCGCCCAGUUGGGCAUCCAUUGAACACAACGGCAAAUGGAAAGUCUUGCACUCGUAUGCCAUUCACUAUUUGGAUAACCAUUUGGUGUCUCCCUAUGAGGACAGGGAUAAGAGUUUAAAAGUAUCGUUUGUAAGGGACGACUAUUUAGGACAGUUGUCAUUCAAUUAUUCAAUCAAAGUGUAUAAGUGGUCACAAGCAAAUAACUUUAUGUUGUUAACUGAACCGAAAAACUCAAAACUCGUGAAACCAAACAUAAAACUAAUUGAUGUGAAGAAGACGUCGACUGAAGUGAACGAUAAGACAGUGUUUGAGUUGAGUCUCUCAUCGGAAACUGUGGCC